CUAGUUCUCUCCCUCUCUCUCUUUCUCUCUCUCGCUCUGUCCUCAGAAUGAGGUUAGCACCACUACCAGCACCAGCAGCAGGAAAGAAAGACAGUAGAGCCACAGUUACUGCAGGAGGCAGGAGAGGCUGUUCUACAGCUGUGCAUCACCUAUCACUGAAUCCAUCACUGCCUUAAGAACGCAGCACUCAUCUCUGUACUCCCUCUGUGUGUCUCGCUCUCCUCUCGCCUCACCUUCUGUCCUCCUUGAAUUAAUCUAUUGAAUUCAACUCGCCCUCUCUCUCUCCCUCUCUCUGUAGCAGUGAUGGGGAAGACCACCAUGUAGAGAGAGAAAGGCAGCAGAGGCAACAGCAGAAUAGCAGCAAUGGGAAGCCACACAUGGAGCGGGUCUGGACUGCAGCCGUGGUGAGCCUGAGACCUACAGGACUUACAACCACCAUCAUUGCCCUUCUCAAGACCUGACCACUGGGGCUGUCCAACGCUCACCUGGAUGCUCCCGACUUGUGUUUCAUCAUCGCCUCCUCUCCUUGCACACUGCUGCUCCUUUUCUUGUUUUUUCUCUUUGAUGAUUUUUGGUAUCCUGAUACCUGACAAUCUCUCCUGAAAAAGAGAAGCUGUUCAUCAGUUUAUUCCCUUGGAUUUUUCCCCCCUUUUAAAUCUUUAUCUGCCUACAUUAUCUUCAAGUAUCAUUCUUUUUUCCCCCCAGUUUUUGGGUUGUUUUUGCUAGAUACCUGAUUUGAAUUUUUUUUCAGAUGAGCCUAAGCUAAUCUCUCUGUUGUGCAAGCUUUUUGAUUGAUCUCUAAGCAAUAACAAGCACUUAUAUAACUGACUUGACUAGCUGACACCAUGGGGGACUUGUCAAACAGCGAUUUUUAUGCCAAGAACCAAAGCAAUGACAGCAACCGGUUGGCAGGCUUCGGCUGCUCGCUCAUGGAGCUGCGAUCGUUGAUGGAGCUGCGUGGCACAGAGGCUGUGGUCAAGCUCCAGGAGGACUACGGGGGUACUGAGGGACUCUGCACACGUCUGAAAACCUCACCCACAGAAGGUCUUACAGGUACCCAACUCGACCUGGACAAGAGAAGAGAAAUAUUUGGGAAAAACCUCAUACCUCCAAAGAAGCCAAAAACCUUCCUGCAGCUGGUAUGGGAGGCAUUACAGGAUGUCACCCUCAUCAUCCUGGAGGUUGCUGCACUGGUCUCCCUGGGCCUUUCCUUCUACAGCCCUCCUGGAGAUGCUUCUGGAGAAUCCUGCGGCUCAGCAGCAGGUGGGGUCGAACAUGAGGGCGAGGGAGAAGCUGGCUGGAUCGAGGGCGCAGCCAUCCUGUUGUCUGUGGUGUGUGUGGUGCUGGUUACAGCCUUCAACGACUGGUCCAAGGAGAAGCAGUUCCGGGGGCUGCAGAGUCGCAUUGAGCAGGAGCAAAAAUUCCAGGUCGUCCGUGGUGCCCAGGUCAUACAGCUGCCUGUGGCUGACAUCGUGGUAGGGGAUAUAGCACAGAUCAAAUAUGGUGAUCUUCUUCCUGCCGACGGAAUAUUGAUCCAAGGCAAUGACCUGAAAAUUGAUGAGUCUUCACUGACCGGAGAGUCCGACCAUGUCAAGAAGGCUGCAGACAAGGACCCCAUGCUGUUGUCUGGGACUCAUGUGAUGGAGGGGUCAGGACGCAUGAUAGUGACUGCAGUCGGUGUCAAUUCUCAGACUGGAAUCAUCUUUACCCUGCUGGGGGCGAGCACAGAGGAAGAAGAGAAGAAAGAAAAGAAAGUGGAAGACGGACACCGGAAUGCAGACUGCUCCCAUCCCUCUAUCCACCCUAUCGCAACUAUAGCCACGGAUGGGGCUGCAGGCUUUAAUGCCCCUGGCAGUGCCAGCCUAAUUAAUGGUAAAAUGCAAGAUGGCAAUAUGGAGAGCAACCAGAUUAAAGUAAAGAAGCAGGACGGAGCAGCUGCCAUGGAGAUGCAGCCUCUAAAGAGUGCUGAAGGUGGAGAGUCUGAUGAAAAAGAGAGGAAGAAGGUGUCCAUUUCAAAGAAGGAAAAAUCUGUGCUGCAAGGGAAGCUUACCAAACUGGCUGUCCAGAUCGGCAAAGCAGGUUUGCUCAUGUCAGCCAUCACAGUCAUCAUCCUGGUCCUGUAUUUCGCCAUCGACAACUUUGUGAUGCAGAAGCUCGCUUGGAUGCCAGAGUGCACUCCCAUUUACAUCCAAUUCUUUGUCAAGUUCUUCAUUAUCGGUGUUACGGUGUUGGUGGUAGCUGUGCCAGAGGGGCUGCCACUGGCUGUCACCAUUUCCCUCGCAUAUUCUGUCAAGAAAAUGAUGAAAGACAACAACCUGGUGCGUCACCUUGAUGCCUGUGAAACGAUGGGCAAUGCCACAGCUAUCUGCUCUGACAAGACAGGCACGCUAACUACCAACCGCAUGACGGCCGUGCAGAUUUACGUUGCAGAUGUGCACCACGAAAAAAUCCCGGAUCCUGGAGUUCUGCCUCCCAAAUCACUAGAUUUAAUGAUCCAUUCGAUCGCUAUCAACAGCGCCUAUACCACCAAAAUAUUGCCCCCAGAUAAAGAAGGUGGUCUGCCGAAGCAGGUGGGCAACAAGACAGAGUGCAGCCUACUCGGAUUGGUUUUGGCACUGAAGCGGGAUUAUCAGACAAUAAGAAACCAGAUGCCAGAGGAAAAGCUUUACAAAGUCUACACCUUCAACUCUGUCAGGAAGUCCAUGAGCACUGUCGUCAAAUUGCCCGAUGGGAGUUUCCGCAUGUACAGCAAAGGAGCCUCCGAGAUCGUGCUUAAAAAAUGCAGCCAUAUCCUGAAUGGGGUGGGAGAGGUGAGGGUUUUCCGUCCACGGGACAAGGAUGAGAUGGUGAAGAAGGUGAUUGAGCCUAUGGCAUGUGACGGCCUGAGGACCAUCUGUGUGGCAUACCGUGACUUCGCCAGCAAUCCUGAGCCACAUUGGGAUGACGAGGGCAACAUCCUCAGUGACCUCACAGCCAUCUGUGUUGUUGGGAUAGAGGAUCCUGUCAGGCCAGAGGUGCCCGACGCCAUCCAGAAGUGCCAGCGUGCAGGCAUCACUGUUCGCAUGGUGACAGGAGACAACAUAAACACAGCCAGGGCCAUCGCCAUCAAGUGUGGUAUCAUCCACCCAGGAGAGGACUUCCUCUGUAUCGAUGGCAAAGAGUUCAACAGGAGGAUCCGCAAUGAAAAAGGAGAGGUGGAGCAGGAGCGUAUUGACAAGGUUUGGCCUAAACUGCGAGUUCUGGCCAGAUCCUCCCCUACUGACAAACACACACUGGUCAAAGGAAUUAUUGACAGCACAAUGUCAGCGCAGCGGCAGGUGGUGGCUGUGACAGGUGAUGGGACCAAUGACGGACCUGCUUUGAAAAAAGCAGAUGUAGGCUUUGCCAUGGGGAUUGCUGGAACUGAUGUGGCCAAGGAGGCAUCAGAUAUUAUUCUGACUGACGACAACUUCAGCAGCAUCGUCAAGGCGGUUAUGUGGGGCCGAAACGUCUACGAUAGCAUCUCUAAAUUCCUUCAAUUCCAGCUCACUGUCAACGUUGUCGCUGUCAUAGUCGCUUUCACUGGUGCCUGCGUCACACAGGACUCUCCUCUAAAGGCAGUGCAGAUGUUGUGGGUGAACCUGAUCAUGGACACUUUUGCCUCCCUGGCCUUGGCAACUGAACCUCCCACUGAGUCUCUGCUGAAGAGAAGGCCAUAUGGGCGCAACAAGCCUCUCAUCUCCAGCACCAUGACAAAGAACAUCUUUGGACAUGCAGUCUACCAGCUCAUCAUCAUCUUCACACUGCUCUUUGCUGGUGAACGAUUAUUUGACAUCGACAGUGGCCGUAACGCACCUCUCCACGCUCCUCCAUCUGAGCACUACACCAUCAUCUUCAACGCCUUUGUCAUGAUGCAGCUAUUUAAUGAACUAAACGCCCGAAAAAUCCACGGAGAGAGGAAUGUGUUUUAUGGCAUGCACCACAACCCCAUCUUCUGCUCUAUUGUUGUUGGAACCUUUGCAGUUCAGAUUGUAAUUGUGCAGUUUGGGGGGAAGCCAUUCAGCUGUAAACCUCUGGAUCUGGAAAAGUGGAUGUGGUGUGUUUUCCUCGGCCUUGGAGAGCUCAUUUGGGGACAGGUCAUAUCCACAAUACCCAAUAGCAGGUUACGCUUCCUGCGAAGGGCCGGCCAGUUGUCUAAGAAAGACGACUUACCAGAGGAGGACGCAAACGAAGACAAUGAAGAGAUUGACCAUGCAGAGAGGGAGCUGAGGAGAGGACAGAUACUCUGGUUCAGAGGACUCAACCGCAUUCAGACUCAGAUUGAAGUAGUCAACACCUUCAAGAGUGGCACCUCCUUUCAGGGGGCAGGGGCUCUGAGACGCCAAUCAUCCACCACCAGCCAGACCCAGGAUAUCCGCGUUGUGAAUGCAUUCCGCAGCUCCCUCUAUGAAGGCUUGGAAAAACCCGAUUCCAGAACAUCGAUCCACAACUUCAUGACACACCCCGAAUUUAGGAUAGAAGACUCCACACCCCACAUCCCCCUCAUCGACGACACGGACGACGAUUCCGCUCGGAGGAGAAAGAAGUACUCCAGCCAGCCCUCGUCCCCCAACAAGAACAACAACGCCAUCGACAGUGGCAUCAAUCUCACCAUUGACAGCAGUAAAUCAGCCGCCUCCUCCAGCCCGGCCAGCCCUCUGCACAGCUUGGAGACCAGCCUCUAACCAUGAUCAAAACCUCAGUUCUAACCUCUGACCUCCUGUCCCUGCAGUCUGGGUGUGCUCUCCAGACCUCUACUGCAACCGUACACCUUGUCAACCCCCAAAAUCUCACCCAGUCCAUCCAAAAAUUUGAUGCUCCUCGCCCACUCUAACCGACUCCGCAGGACAGCCCCUGUGUCCAUCUUCGAACUGGAGCUCUUAAAGCUCUCCAUUCUUCUCAAAACUGAGAAAAAUCUAAAAGUAAUAGGACAAAGGUGAAACUUGACAUACAAUCAAAAAAGUGCAGCGAAGCCACAAAACCUACACAGCCAUUUUGCUUUUAUGGUUGUAUGUGAGCACUGGCAGCAGUGGUGGUUCGUAUGACUCUAAGCGUGUGAAGCAUGUACUGCGUCAGCGUGCCGCGUGACUGCACCGAUGUGUGAAACUGUGUCUUUAGCGGCACUGGAAGGAGGGCGAUGAGGAGGGAAAACAUGGUGGAGGAGUAACAAUUGCAAAACAGGACGGACUUUUAAAACUCCCUCUCUUCAACGAUAACAUUGUCAAUAAUGAUAAUAGUUUAAAUUUAAUUGAAACGCAUUGUUCUUAUUCUGAUUCUGAUUAUUAUUGUUAUUAUUAUUGUUCCUCUUGCAUGAAUGUACAUUACCCAAGUUUUAUUUAAAAGGGUUUUAAUUUUAUUGGGGGUUGUUUCGUUCUGAUGGGCUAGGCCUUGCGGCAAACUACUACUUUAAAGACAGCUUCUUUCCUGGUUCCUGGCCUGCAAAAGUCCCCUCGUCUGUGUGGCAUGAACAUGUAUCCGCCUGUACAAAUGUAUUUCAUCCAUUCAAGGGAUUGUGUAACGAGGUGGUGGGGCUCAACUUGCACAGUAGUUUUGCACCUGUCGGAAAAAGAGAAACACACACUAAUGAUGAUAGCAUUUAUGGGAUAUAUUCUAUAAAUAUAAAUACAUAUAACUAUAUUUAGAGAGAGUUUAUCUUUGUUUGUCAGCAUGUUGCCUUGUUCCUGCUUCAAUGGCUCGAAAAUACUUUUGACUUAUUUAUGUCUUAAAGAGAAUGUAAUUUGUUUACAACCUUGUAGAGAUAAACUUCCUGGUUUCUAGAAAGAGGGAGGCAAAGCUUGAGCUCAGAAGAGCUGUGUUGGUGUGUUAUUACUAAAAAAAAAACAAAAAACUGUGUGCUGGAAUUUGCCUGCUAUCUUGUCAAAUAUUGUAGAUAUUUUUAGAGGAUUAACAAACAAAAAGAAACCAAAAUAUAAUGGGAAAACGUAGUAAAUGUGGAAUCUUAGUAUUACUCUAUAUGAUUGUUGGGAUCAAGUAGGAGCGGAUUGCCUUUGGUUUUUUCUAAUCAGAGGCAUCCUUUUUUUGGGACAGAGGGGGAAUAUUUAAUUCUUUAUUCACUACUGCUUCAUUUUUUUUUUGUCUUAUUUUUCUCUGUGCUUCAGCGCUGGCCUGGCGCUCAGGGCUUGAGUCAAAGGCUGAUAUCAGGACCCUGAGAGUGAUAAACCCGUUUGUUCACGCGCACGUUUUUACAAACGUGUGACCAUCAAAAAGCUGCAAAUGAGACAUUUUAGAAAUUUACAAAGUCACAUUUGGAUCUGUAUCACAUGAAAAUCAGACUUCCUUUUCUUUCUUUUUUUUUUGGCUAAAUUUUGACAUAUUAUGUUGUGCUCUUUGUUUUUGUUCUAUUUAAUUUUGAUUGACUCUGAUUUGAAAUGCUAUUCCGUGUCCUCCUCACAGAGGGACACGUGCAGCCCCACAGAGCUGUUGACAUUUUUAACAUCUCAAAAAAAAAAGGUAAAAAAACGCCAAAAAAAAAACCAAACACAUAUGGAAUGUUGCUUUGACUCUUUUUCUAUAUAUAAAAAGACGUUCCUUUUCUGCACUAUCUGGUUAUGAAUGAAAACUUCUGUGGUGUAAUUCUAGAUGUGCUUUCAUGUGUUUUAACCAAGCUUGUCUUCCUGCCGUCACAAGAGUAGACAGUACUCUAGCAUCUCAGCUGUACUCACUAGUCGUGAACUAUUUAUUGUGCUUUGACCAAUCAGACAUUACCAGAGAGGUUACAUAGAGAAGACACAUUAACCCAGUCUAAUUGCACUUAGAAGGACAAGGCCACUUACCUAGUCUCUAAUAUCCUUAUUUUUAAUACUAACCGAAGUCACUGGUAAGCAUGACAUGAUAGGCUCAUUAUGCAACUUGAAAAAAUUGACAAUUUUUUCUACUACUUAAAAAAAUGCUAUAUAUUACGACAGUAUGAACAAUCAUUAAUCUGAGCAGUUGUUUUUAUUUUAUAUCCUCCUCCUCUGUCAUUUCCCAUCUGUCCAUCUGGAGAGGGUGCACAAGCUUUACCAGUCAGCUCAGGCACAUUGAAAAUCUACCGUUUGAAUAAAAAUCUCUUAUUUAAGUUGGGGGAAAAGGAAAAACAAAAAACAGGCUGGAUUCUGAUGUACUGGGUAGCUGAUUAUUUAUUUUUUUUGUUUUCCUUUCCAAUGUUUUAACUUGACAAUUCAUUUGUUUAUUUGUCUGUACAAAAAAAAAGCAAAACAAAACAACAACAAUAAACAAAACAAAAAAACAUCACAACAGCAACAGCAGCAGCAUUUUCAAUUAAAAAAAAACAAGAAAAGAAAGAAAGACUUACGCCGACAUUAGCAGACCACUUUUACAUUCAAGAGGACAUUCAGCUUUAAGAGGAAUGGAAAAAUAAUCUUUGUAAAUACAGCAAUGAGUCCACUAUGGACAGAACCUCCAUGUGGACCGGGUGUGAACACAGGAACUCUUCCUGACUACGUCUGCCAUCACGCACCAUGAGUCGCGUUGCCCGGCGCAGCUGUUUUGGCUGCGUGUCACCGGUCACUGCUCCUGUCAGACACUUCACAACAUCGUGAUCACAUCCAAAUGAUGACAUGCAUUGUAAACCACCAGUUAUUAUGUUGACGAUGACACCGACGAUGAUGAUGAUGAUGACGAUAUCAAUGAUACUUUUUGCAAUAUACUCUCACCUGCCUCGAUGUACUGUAUUUAGCAGCAUGCAGUUUGUGGAACAAAGAAAAAGAGAAAUGCCAACAGAUUACACUUUGGCAUACCAUUUAUGGGUAAGUGAUUUAGGUGUUCAUCUUGUUUUUAUGAUAUUUUUUUUAAAACUAUACAAUAAUUGUAAAUAAAGAUCUCAAUGUCUUUGUUCAUUUAA